UGAGAAGGGAAAAGCAAAGGCGAGAGAGAGAGAGAGGGUGGGAGGGAGGCGAUGGGGGUGGUGAUCGAGAGGGAGAUAUGGGAGCCGAAGCCGAUGUCGUACGUGUUCCUCUUCGCGUCCUGCUUCGCUUCCAUCUCCCUUCUCCCAUACUACUCGAGGGGCAGCGCCGCUGCCAGAGGCGCCGCCGCCUCUUCGCUACUCGAUCUCGGGCCUGCAGCGCCGUUCCUGCGGUUCCAGAGGAGUUUCUUGCUUCUCUACUCCCUCGCCUCAGUAAUGGAAGGGCUGGAAUCGGUGUUUGGGGAGUAUGAGUAUGCACAUUAUGGAAUUAGUAGGGAGCAAAUGGCGAUGUGUCUCGCGGCUGGAGCUGCUGCUGCUCUCUUUCUUGGCUCCUUCUCAGGCAUUCUUUCUGAUGUCAUAGGCCCAAGAAGGGCAUGUGUGCUAUUCUGCAUGCUUCAUCUUCUUGUGGGUGUCUUGAAAAGCAUGAGCAGGCAUCCAAGUAUAUGGGUAGCAAGUGUAUGCCUAUCGCUUGCAUCAUCUGUGUUCUCCUUCUGUUUUGAAACAUGGAUGGUAAUAGAACAUGAGAAGCAAGGUCACCGGCAAGAUUUGCUAAGUGAUACCUUCUGGCUAAUGAUCUUUUUUGAAUCUGCAUGUCUUGUCGGAAGUCAAGGACUAGCGAAUUUAUUAUUCAAGGAUUUUGACAAAGGAUUCUUUUCCCCCUCUGCUCCAGCUGCCCUGUUGGCAAUAAUAAGCAUUCUCUAUAUCAGGAAAGAAUGGAAUGGAUGUCAGCAACAAUCAAUUAUUGGGAGUUACAGAAAGUCAUUCUCUGCACAUGUUCUUAAUGACAAAAGGAUUUGGAUGCUAUCAUGGGCUCAAUCAAGCAUCCAUUUUUCCAUGUCAGUUUUUUGGAUUCUUUGGGCACCAACCAUAGUGGGAGAUGGGAGGGAGGUUCAUCUGUCUCGAUUGUACCCAUGUUUCAUUGGCUCCAGAAUGCUUGGGAGCACUAUUUUUCCUUGGUUCUUUGGUGGUGUAUCAUCACUUCGUAACGAAGAAUAUCUGAUAACUGCAUAUGUUGUUGCUGGUUUGUCUUUGUUAAUUGUAUCUUAUGAUUAUCAGGAGGUUGGUGCUCUGGUAAUACUGUUCUGCAUCUACCAUGCUUGUGUUGGUUUCAUUUUACCUUCACUUGCAAGACUGAGGACAAUGUAUGUCCCAAAUGAACUGCGUGGAGGCAUGAUAAGCUUCUCGUUGGCACCAGCAAAUGCAGCAAUAUUUUUAGUUCUGCUACAAGGUGGUUAUCGCUGGAAACUUGAAGAUUCCACAAUUAUGGCACUUGCUGCUCUUGGGCUGUUAGCUGCUGCUGGUUGCAUUCAUGUACUGAGAUGGUGGAGAAAGCAACCGUGCCCAAAUUGGCAUAAAUCUUGAGUACAUAAUCACAUAAUUAGAUUAGACGAGGAAAGGUAGAUGGUCUGCACUACCCAUCACAUUGUUAGAAGUCCAAGCAAGGUAUGUUCAGUUCAGUGGUUUUCGCAGCAUUGAGCUUUCAUGGGGCACCUUAAGAGCUUCAGAGUAUCGCUAAGAUUGUAAUAUUGAACUGUUUCUAAACUUGCCGAAACUAACACUAACUAGCUAACAGAAAGAAACAUGCCCUGCAAAUGAGGUGAUUAGGUGGCUGUUGCAAGAUGAUGGAAACCUCUACCUGAAAGAGCACUCAUGAGAUGAGCUCCGGCUUUCACAGGCUGUGCACCUAUCCUUGUUUCACAGUGGCAGAUCAGGUGGAUGUCUGCAUCUAGUUUUGUAUAGAAUGGCAUGUAACGUCUGGUUGACCAUGAUAGCAAGGUUAAAAUAAUUUACCUUAAACACAAAAAUAACUUUUUAAGUGUCUGCUAUUGCUUUCCCACAUGCCUUCAAAUUUUCAA